AUGUCAACAUCGCUGGAUAACAAGGCAUCGCCUACCGCCGAGGAGCUGUUUGAUGGUCUCACCAUUAACGAUCAGAAGCAACCUCGACCCCCGACGAAUCGUCCUCCCGGAGUGCCAGGACGCGAAAACGUGCCGCCUGGAGCCCGUCGCGGUCCUCCGCCACCCGGACACCGUCCAUCGAGAUCUCAGGAGGAGGCGAUGAGACAGCGACGCCUUCAGGGCAGCGGUGGUCCUCCCCGACCUGGUGGAGCUCCUGGAUCGCCUCAACGCCGACCUCAGGAACGUCGACCGCGCAGAAACUCUGAAUCAUCUGUCUUGAUUGAUAUUGAGAAGUCCCCGACCGACGAAGAGAGAAAGGCGAAGGAAGCCAGACGUCGGGAGAGAGAACGCCGUGCCCGGGAAGGAAAGGAUAAGGACCCCAAGAAGCCCAGUCGCAGAAUCGAUAUCAUCGACCAAUUGGAUGCCACCAGCAUCUACGGCACCGGAUUGUUCCAUCACGAUGGUCCUUUCGAUGCAGCCAACCCCCACCGUAACCGCAAGGGCAGCCGACGUGCACCGAUGCAAGCCUUUGCCAAGGACUCCCUCAACAUGUCCCUUGGCGGCUCAGGCCCUCUCAACAAGCGCCCGGACCAUGCUGUCUUCAUGGGUCAUAAUGACGGCGAGGCAUCGGCAGACUUUGCAACUGCUGCAAGACUUGCCGAGCGCAAGGAUGAUCCUGCUGUCUUUGACCCCCGAGCUCGCGGUUCGAUCGUCUACGGAGAGGAGUCCAUGGGACUCGGUGCCUCGACCUUCCUGGAGGGCACUCCUGCUGCCCGAGCUGCCAUCCAGAAGACUCAGGCUGAGCAAGCGCAGCAGUCGACCUCCGAGGGUCUUGGCCGCAGCAAGUCCAUUGCCCAGCGCAUUCGUGGAAUGAAGCGGGAGCCUCGCGAAUAUGGUCCUUCCGGUCGAAUCACCAACCCUGAGGGAGCAUACACCUCCCGCCGAUCGCCCGAUGCCAAUGGACCCGCCAGCAGCAUUUCGUACACUGGCGAGCGCAACCCCUUCUUUUCUGAGUACGGAAAGGAGCCGGAGACAAUCUCUGUCAAGCGAGCCGACAACGGUACUCGUUCGCCUGGUGUACCUCCCCCAGUGCCCCGACGAGGCUCUGCCAAUGGCCUCGAGCGUCGUGCCACAGCUGACAUCAUGUCCCCGACGGAAGACGGACCCAGCAAGCCUUCCGGAGGCUUCAUGGCUAGAGUCAAGAGUCUGAAAGGUGGACGCAGACGCCAGGCUUCCGAUGCCAUGGCACCUCCUCCUGCACCUGGCACUGCCGCCUAG